GAGCUGGCCCUGUGGAGGCUCCCAUUUCUGAAGCGUGGGAGGCAAAAGAGGCGGCAGAUCGUAGAAUUCAGUUUGCACUCCAGCGGGUCUCGCAGGUCAUUAGAACCAAUAAGAGAAAGAAGCAGCGCCACCAGAGAGCCGACCCCUUUUCCGAGUCCUCCAGGCGGGCGGGGGCCAGGGAGCAAAAGGCGCCAUCCCUGCGCUGAGGGGCCCUGGGGGCCGGGUCCCGGAGCAUGGCGGACUGGACAGAGACCCUGAGCAUGUGGAGGUGGAGCUGCCGAGGCCGUCUGGCCAGCUGUCAAGUCCUCAUUGCUAGCGCUGCAAAGGCGGCCACAGCAACUGUAGCCGAGCCGCGCUUGCGGUCUUAGGCGGGAAAAAUGACAGCAUGAGUUCUGCCACUGCCUAGUUUCCUCCCUUUUCUUCUUUUGUGUUUUCCUCUUCCACACAUUCCGUCCUCCUCCUUUCCCAUCCCUGUACUCUUCUUCCCCCUGACCUUUGUGCUCUUUUCGCACUUCGGUCCUCUUCCAUAUAUCCUAUGCACUGCGUUUCCAUCUAUCCUUUAUCAAUCUCUGUGCCUCUUUCCUUCUCCCGUCUUUGUCUUUCCUCCAUCCUUUUUUUCAUCCUAUCCCCCCUCCCAACACAAGCUCUCCAUCCUCCUCCGCCCCCCACCCACCCCCACAUCCUGCCUCAUCUGCAUCCUCCUCUCCCACUUUUCUCCGCCCUCGAGCCCAAGCCUCCGCCCAUUAGCCCCCGCCCCCAGCUGCCAGUCCCCAGCAGCUCAGUCCUGCAGUGAGUCCAUAGCAAAGCACCAGGAGCUGAGCACUGCUGGCUGUGCGGGCUAGCAAGUCUCCGAAUGGCUCAGGAGAAAAUGGAGCUGGAUUUUGAGGCUGACACAUCUGAUGGGGGCACCCUGAGACGGGCCAACAGUGCUCCCCUGAUCCAUGUGCUCAGUGACCUUUCACAGGUUUUUGAGCCAUAUCCACUUAGAACUCGGAGGAACAGUGCGACAAUUAUGAGCCAUCAUAGCUUGGAAGAAGGCCUGGAUAUGAUGAACAGAGAAACUUCACAUGAAAGGGACGCUCAAGCAGGAAUGCAGAUAAGCCAGUCGUGGGAUGAAAGCUUGAGCCUGAGUGAUAGUGACUUUGACAAGCAAGAGAAGUUAUAUUCUCCAAAGAGAAUUGACUUUACUCCAGUUUCUCCGGCACCUUCCCCAACCAGGGAAUUUGGAAAGCAGAGUUUGUCACCAUCCUUGCAAAUGUUCGUGAGUAGCAGCGGUAUGCCACCGAGUCCUGUUCUGAAUGCAAGACAUUUUUCAAGCAGGAGGAGUCAGAGUCCAGUCAAGUGCAUUAGACCCAGUGCUCUUGGUCCUCUUAAGAGAAAAGGAGAGAUGGAGACAGAAAGCCAGCCUAAGAGACUCUUCCAAGGCUCUACCAGCAUGCUGCCUGCAGAUGCUACACAAUUGUCUGAUCUCAGUUCAUGGUGGUGUUAUCAAGGAGAAGAAAUUCCUGCCUUGACCAGAUGUGUGGAGCAUCUACAAAUGAACGAGUAGUUAUUUACACAAACCACUGUACAAAAGUAAGCGUCCAGGAAGCUGUCAGUGUCUCGGGUAGUAUUGCGAGGCCUUGGGUGCCUUGGGGUACAUUGCCAUGCUGUAGGGACGUGUAUCAUAAGGUCUUGUGGCAAGUGGAAGCUUUCUCUAUGUCAGUGCUAUUUUCCGUUUGUCUUUGCCGUUUCCUUUUCGUCACUGAGUUUGUUUUGUCACGUGACUGGUGGGUUCUUUGGUUAUCGUGCUGUGCUAGAGUCAGAGCCCAGUUCUUGUUCUUGUUCCCUAUAGCAAGCAGUUUAAUAUCUGUAAGGAAGCUUUGAGUUACUGAAAGGGUCAAUGUUCCGUGCCCUCUGCUUCCACAAGCUUUUUGAGCUCUAAGCAGUAUAUAUGCAGUGUGACGUAACAUAUGCUCUGUCAUUUUUGCAAGAAGAAACUCCAGCUAAAAUAUUUAAGAAAUCCAAGUGUGAUCUAUUGUGACAUUAUUUAUUAUUUAUUACACUACGUACAGUAUCCGUGCUGUUAGAUUUCUUUUCAUGUUCAACAUCGUGGGUGACAGUGUUUGAUAUCCACAUUUACCUGCUAGAAUUGUGGUAUUCUGUUUCUAAGUGAAUGGAAGAAGCAAACAGAAAAUGAUUACACUUAAGUCUUUUGAAAUCUAAAAUCCUUAGAGGUGGUUUGAAGGAAUUCCCAGACCAGAAAUUAGUGUGCUUGAUGCAAAACCUCUCUUCUAAUCGUUAGAGAACAUCACUCAGCUUGCAGCGGUCCGUUAGAGAAUCAGUCUGUUCUUAAGUUUACAUUCUAAUCACUGUCAUAACGGCUGUUAACGGCUUUCCUUCCCAUGUUGCUUUAGCCCGUGAAAAGCUCAUGAUCCCUCAGACCUAACAUAAAUGUGCUGUUCUAAGAAUCGCCCCUUGUGUGCCAUUUUAAAGAAACGUUUCUUUGAUGGCACUUGGUAUAUCCACUCUGUUAAUGAACCAUAUUCAAAGGCUUUUGCCUUCAUAAUGAUAAGAGAUGGCUUUGUCUUUCAGGACAUUUGUCAUGUUCCCUCUUCUAUCUUACUUCCUUAAAGGGGAACUUUUGAGUUCAAAUUUAGGGUACAAAUUUAGGACUGUUAAGAAAUAACCUUUGAAAUGGGAUGAUAUUUAAACAUGUUAAAAAUUCAGUGGUGAGGUAAAGCUGGAGCAGAGAACUGAAAUUGUCCCGGUGAUUUGAUGAGAUCAAAGAGGCAGGGGCUUCACUUUCCUGUUUUAAGCCUACUCUUUUAUUAAUGAAUUUAAUUGACUGUUUUCAAUUUUCUCUGUCAAUUUCAUAUAUGUAUGUACUUCAUUCUUAUUGCUCCCCCCCCACCCGCUCUCAUCUCACUCCCACCCGUCAAUCCCCGCUUCUCCCUACAAAUUCCUUUGCCACAUUCUUGUCUUUUCCUUUGUAAACUAAUCUUUUGUUAUUGUUGUCCUCUAUGUUUAAACGAACUAGAAAGCUAAGUUUGUACAGGGAUUGUUUUGAAAUACAAGAUAGGCAAUUCGCAGAGAAACUUUCUUGACAGUACCCCUUUAUUUUUAUAUAAAGUCUAAUAUUUGCAGUGUAGUUAUUGUUAUAAAGUAAAAUUCUUUCUUCCUAUUCUCAUAUUAUAUCAUAUAUUUUAAGCUUCUAUUUGAAAACUAGUAUAAGAAAUGAAACCAUAAUAAAAUCCUAUAGAUACUGGUUUUGCUUGACUGACUUAUAAAUCACUGUUUUAUGAUACCUGCUUUUGGAAUAAUAGAAAGUUUUGUGAAAUGUUUACCCAGUGUAUAUCUUAAGAAUGUGAAUUU